AAUAGAGUUAAAAAAUCCAAGAUGGAGGCGAGAGCCAAGCACGACUUCAAAGCUACGGCUGAGGAUGAAUUAAGCUUUUCACGAAACGUAACACUUAAGAUUACAGAUACUAAGAAGGAUGCCAACUGGUUCAAGGCAGAAAUCUGUGGAAAAGAAGGAUUUAUUCCAAACAACUACAUUGAAUGGAAAUCAGCACCGUGGUACUUGGGAGAUGUAAGAAGACUUCAAGCUGAAGAAAUGUUGACAGCAAAAGACGGUAACGGAGCUUAUUUACACCCAGAUGGAGCCUUUCUUGUCAGAAAUAGUGAAAGUCAACAGGGAGAAUUUUCAUUAUCAGUGAAGACAGGGGAAGAAAAUGUCCAGCAUUUUAAAAUAUUACGUGAUGGGCGAGGUAACUACUUUCUGUGGGUACAGAAAUUUGCCUCUAUCAACGAGCUUGUUGAAUACCAUCGAGGAAAGUCGAUCAGUCGCUCUCAGAAUAUGGUGUUAAAGGAUAUGACUCAAACAGAUCUUCAGCUGAAAGACGAAGUCCAGCUCCGGGCUUUGUAUGACUUCGAAGCACAGAACAGUGAUGAAAUUUCAUUCACGAAAGGUGACAUCAUCAUCAAAACAGGCGAAAAUUGUACUAACUGGUGGCGAGGUAUACUGAGUGGUUCAAGCAAGGAAGGACUAUUUCCUGCAGCAUAUGUAUAUGUUAUGGACACAUUAUAGUGCCCAACACGUGGACAACAAGCCCUGCUCUUAGUGUGGGAUUCCUUCUCAAAGUGCUGGAACACUGGGGGAAUUCAGUUCAAGCUUGACAGCCUGCCAGACUGCACUUUUCUGUUAAUUGAUAUUCGGUUCAUGAAUCUUUGUGCUUGACACUCGACACUCGUGAACCCAUAUUAUUAAACAUAGCAAAUGUGAUGUUUUUCAGUGCACACAUGCUGCAUCUGUAACAAGUGUUGCUCCCUGUGGGUUUAUUGUGAUAGAGGGUUCAUUCCAGAGCCACUAGUCUGAGCUGGGACACUAAUGUUUACAGAGAUCUGUUACCAUUAGCCAGAGUGGUGAUAUGUAAGGGAAUGCUGUAAUAUGAUAGUGCUAUAACCAUCAUAAGUGGCACAGAAAUGUCUCUUGUUUUUAACCAAUGAUCUGAUUUUGAUAUAAAACAUAUUGUAUGACUUUAUAUGCAGUGCAGUUGUAAUUAGUUGAGUAGAAUUUUAAAGGUUGUAGUCAGAAUGCAAUUUUUACUUUGUGAGGACAUAUUGACUCAUUUGCAGUGUAUUUUUUUAUGAUUUAAACUGUGGUUUAGAUAGGUAAGAGAGUGUAUUAGCUCUAAAAUCUAUCAAAUCUACUUGUAUCAUGAAGUUUAUAGAAAUAUCAGGACUAAACUUUUCCAAAUAGAUAAUGGGGAGGUCGAUUCCACACCGUCCAAUAAAAUACCAACGGGUGAAAACUCUCCUUACAUGUAUACAAUUGUAUACUGUGUAGAAGAUAUUCAUAUUGCCUUGAGCUGUGAUUUAUGGGAUUCACAAAUAGUUUGUGAAGAUUCCUUGGUUUUAUCUGCAUUAGAUGAACACCAAUAUCAGAUAUACAUAUAUCCUCACAUAGAAGGUCACACAAGUGUUUCUGUAUUUAAUGCUAUAAGUGGGUGGGGGAAGGAUGUGGGAAAAAACUGCAUGCAAGAUAUGACUACUUUAUCUACCAGCAAUAUAGGUAACUAAGUUUAAAUGAGAUGAUGUGUGUAUACCAAAGCUCCUGCUAGAUCUGUUUGUGUUAUAGAUUUAGCAUCGUCAUUUUCAUCAUGUACUGUCGGUAUACUUUGUUGAUGGUCUCCAACUUCUCGGAUCUGAAAGUUGUUUUAAAAAAUUUCAAGCAAGAUUAUUACUCUCUUAUAUGAAAUUUGACAUAUUCACCUGAAGAAUGGAGGAUCGGGGGUGGGGGUGGGGGGGUUGAAGUUAAGAUAAGUGAAACAUUAGAAAGUCAUGGCAGAGACCAAUUUUAAGAUAAAAAUACCCCAAAGAUUAAUUAGACUUUGGUCUUGUGUAAUUUGAAACUUGUAAAUGUUUUUGUAUAUAACAUAUAUGAAUGUACAUUAUUAUGUACUUUAUGAAAAACAAAACCUAUGUUCACAUAAAAUAGUAUGCAUGUUUACAUGUAGGUCAUAGUUAUGAUACAAAGUACUUUAUUAAGUGUCAAUUAAGUUUGUUGGAAUUCAGAAAUUUAGUUGAAAUUUUGCUAAUGUGAAAAAUAUUUAUGUAGGUCGUUCGGUCAUAAUUGUGAAAAGAAUUCUGACCUGUAGGUGUAUAUUUGACCUAUUUUCCCAUGUUUUGACAUUCAUAUCCUUUCACGGUUGAUUACACUGUUGAAGGGUUGACCUUUUACCAUUUUUACAUUGUUAUGUGCAUGUCAAUGCAUGUUGAAUACAGAAUUACAGACAGUUGUAAAUGUACUUUAGGAUCCAGUGUGUAUGAGGCGUUCUCAUGUGGUUGCUAUUUUCUGUAGAAGUUAUAGUGAUAAUUGGAAUUAUAUAUGUAAAAGUUUGUUUUUUAUAUGUAUUCACCUGUUGGAUAACAUUUUGAAUUCUGUAAAUAUAAUAUCAGAUAGAUCUGCCUGCAAUAAUUUUAUAAAAAGAAAUUGAUAUAAUUCACAAUAUAUGUCUUACCACAAUUCAAUCAUCUGUUAAACCAAAUAAUUAAUUGCAAGGAAAAUGUCUCUUUGUUAAUAUUACAAAGUAUAUAUAUCAUUUUUCCUAAAUUACUGUGUAUCAGUCUUUUUGUUGGUUCCAAUCAAUUCGUAAUAGCAUAUUUCUCAUGUAUAAACUGUAUCCUUAAUUGUGGCAACUGCUAGCUGCAUGGAAGCACUUACCAUUUAUAAUAAUCCUCAUCCAGUUGUUAUUUGUCUUAACUUCCUUAAGUGUGUAGAUAGUAUGCAUGCAGAUAUUUUGAAAUAAUAGGGAAAAUGCUUUGCAAGAGUUUGUGUAUGUAAAUGUAUAGGUUUUCUUCUUUGAAAAAUGAAAAUCACAUUUAUUCUCUUGCACACUACAUGUUGAUCCGUAUUUGUAAGGAUUCCACGUCCUUUGUUUCAAGUCAGUAUUUCGUCCCCAUUCAUUUGUGUUGUGAAACUAUUUUGAGAUCACUUUACAAGAUAUAAACUGCAGACUUUUAUGAAUUGAAUAAUCAUCAUCAUUACGUCUUACUUACUGUGUUCCUUUAACAUUAAAAGUGUUCCUUUAACAUUAAAAGAAUGUACAAUCCUCAAGAAGGUAUAGUAGGUGUCUUUACAUUUACACUGACUUUGUUGUUUCCAAGUGGUUUCAAGAGUUAACAAAGCAUAUCUUAAGGUCAUCCAAUCAUGCUGCUUAUACCAGGUGUGAAUCCAACCUUAAAUGAUCAGUGGAGUUGGCUUUUUCCUGCAUUUAGUCAGGAACAGAAUUGCAAUACUUGUCAGCACUUUUAUUGAUAGUGAAAUAUAUAUACUAGUGUUCAAAAGUAUAGGAACAAAUGAGGUUUUACUAUGUAGAAAGUGCUUUUAUAUGUAUAAACAUAUUUGAACAUUCAACUUUUAAGGAGUUUUUACACCUGUUUCCAGGUCCAUCGGCAUGGUUUAUAUAUGUCAAUAUCUUUACAAACUCGGAGGACAUUUUAUUUUAAGUCCAUUACAGCUUAUCUGGCACUAGGACUUUGACUUGAAGCAAUAGUCGGUAAUAUGCACUGUUAAAAAUUAAUGUACAACUGAAAUCAGAAUGUUUUAGUAUAUGAGUUAUAUGCUUAACCAUCAGGAAUCAUGCCCCAGAUUUACGAUUGUUGAUACAAAUGUAAUACUGUUUACAAAUGAAAUUUAAAAGAAAUAUUCUUGCCUGUGCUUAUUAAGUAACUACUUUAAGUUGUAAGUAAAGUAUGAGAGGUCUGGUCCAUAUCUACUUGGAGAAUAAUAUUUAAAUAUCUUUUUAAAGGAGUCCAUUAUGGAGUUUCUAUAUAGCUAUAUGACAACCAAAUAGAGAGUCAUAAUUGGUCAGGUGGAAUGAUUGUUGAUUUUCAAUUUAAGAUUAUUGGUUACAUGCAUUUAUUGAUUAUUCAUAACCAAAUUGCAAGGGUACGGUACAGAAGCUUACAUUUAACAGAAAUGAUAUGAAGAAAAUCCUUUGAAUUAUUUUCAAAAUCAUCAAGGCAACUAGAAAAAAAUAGCAGAAUCAAUGUGAAUAAAAAGUCUUAAGCUGCAUUUGCAACAAACUACAAACACAACAAUGCAGUGACAAAACUUGCUUCAGAGUUCAAUACCUCUCCUACUUUGAAGUGGUUGUUUUGUAAAAUGCGUUACCUUAUAAUUUUCUUCCAAAACAGUUGUCUGGCCAUAAGAUGUAUCACUUAUCAUUAACACUUCAUCUGGUGGUGUUUUACCUGACAAUGUUUUAACAGUUUUAUAGAAAAUUAUCCAGAAAAAGAUAUAAACACUGUAUAACGCAGUCACCAAGAGAUCACACCCAAGCUAUGAUUUAGUCAGUUGUUUUGAUGCAUUUCUGUAAAAUGUGGCCGACUUUAACACCAGGUGUUUGUGGUCCUAUUGACUAGAGCUGCUUCUACUUCUGAUUGGUCAAUAAAGCUGAAAAGAUGUAAGCAAAUUGUGUAAUUAUUAGCUCACCAAGUCCGAAGGACCAAGGUGAGCUUAUGCCAUACCGUGGCGUCCGUCGUCCGUCUGUUGUACGUCGUCCGUCCGUCAA